AUGGGAACUAGAGGCCUUGUAUUAUCCGUUGCCACGGUAGAUACUUCGUCUACUGGAACCAGUUUGAUAGCUAUCCUGAAGGCCUUGGGGAAGCCAUCGUACACCAGAUUCCUGAAAAUGAUGAAAAAUAUCAUGUUUUCUCUAGAAUGGCUCGAAGCCAUGCGAAAGGUAUUCACCGGAUUUGUCCAAAAGCUCGAAGAACAGUAUAUUCCACUUGUCAUCCCUGAUUCUCUCAAGCAAGACGGCCCUACAUCCUCUCUUGCCGAGAGGUACAUGAAGAGCUUCCUUGCCCUUGAUGACAGGCUUGAGAUGCCACCAAUGCAAACUCUAUUACCUCAUCUGUGGGGAAGCGACAUCGAGUGGAUGUACACAAUCGAUCUUGACCGUGAGCUUCUGGGCGUCGACCACUCAGUGUAUCUCAAACUAUCUAAGAUCCCACGUGAGGGACGGUGGCAUCAGUACCUUGAUGUAGACGAGAAUCGCCGCCGUAGGGUAUUCCAGAAGGAGACCCCAGAAAGUAUUGUUGGCGAUAUUGCCUUGAAACCGAGCGUAAACAGCGAUUUAACGGCCAAAUAUACAUCCAUAGGCAUUGAACCAAUGUCAUUAAAGGGUUUCCAUGGUUCAAUCGACAUGCUGCUUCCCCGCGAGGCUCUGCUGCUGAAUACUUUCUCAUGUAUUUAUAAAUCGUUUAAGAAACUCCUGGAUCCGUUCAUCUUGGAGUGGACACCUGAGAGCUUUUCGUUCCAGGAAAUGGCAUUUGCGCUUCUGUCAAUUGCUGCUGGUGAAGUGACCUUCGAGUCCAUCCGCGCUCUCGAUAAAAGCUACGAAAGGGAGGGCUACUACAUACUUCCAGAUGGUCACUUGCUUCCAUGUUUCCUAUAUGAGCGCCAUUUUCCCGGUGUUGAGCCUGGAUCAGCACCUCGAAACCGUACCUAUUGGUUCAGCAAUGUCCUCGUACACCUAGCUUCUAGACUGGACGUAGUCGAUGUUGAAAAGGCAGCGGUUAUCGAGGUGGUAGACGCCGGACUUGACCAAGGUUUGGAUGAAUUCUAUGCCAUGGUCUUCUCAAUUUCGGACGUUAUCCUUGUUCAUGUUCAGAAGGGGGGUGGUAGGGUGCGUGUUCAGAGGUCAGACUUGAUGCCUUUGUUCUACUUCGAUGAAGAGCUCUCCAAUUAUCUAAAUGGACCUCGCACAAGGCCAGCGCAAGAUACCCAGCCGCCUACGCCAGGAACAAAUGCCAAUCAUGCAUUGCAAUGUAAGAUACAGAAGGGGGGUGAUGCUUCUCGUUUCAGCGAGGCGAGCGACGGCAGUGAUGACAUGAAGACUGUGAUUGAGGAUGAACAUAAAAAUGUCGAUAUUACCUUCAAAUCGAUGAUACGUUUCCUGGAUAUAGCCGCCCGACUGCAUUUGGCGGAUGCGAAGUCACGCAGAGUCCCCAAUGAAAUUCUAACUUCCGUCAUGCAUUUUACAGACACUCGAACAUACAAAAACCUGGCCAAUGUGUCUGCCAGCUGUCGGCAAUUGAGUGAUCGCAAGUUUCGUCUAAAUGAUGGCUACGAUGUGGUCGGUAUUGACGUCCAAAACAUGGGAUCCCCCCGUCGGCUCAUUAUUGAAGAUAUACAAACGGGGAAGAGGUUCUACUCCGAAGUACAGCACUUGGAUUUAUUUUUCUGUCGCAAUACCGACAAGGGCAUGCUAGAUUUGUAUAUUGUGAUUGGAGAAGAAACUACCAGGAGGAGUGUCAUAAGCUUGGCAGCCUUGCAGUUCCCAAAGUUGCCUCCGAAAGACACGCCCUGUACCAACGAAGUCCAGCAGCCCAUCUCAUACAUUCAGAGUAUGAUCCAACGUGAGACUAGACACCCUGAGGUGGCACAAUUUGUGCAGAUAAGUGGCGCCCAGUACCGAUGCCUCCUCCCGCCAGGGUACCGUAAGCUGGGCAUGUACCACUGUUUCUGCAAUGGCCUCCAAGCCUUUCUGCGCCACCCACAAGACGAAAGUCAUGAGGAAUGGAUGAAGACAAUCGAAUAUGCGGUGCACCAGCUUAGUCACUUAGAACAGUGGCCCGACUCUGUGUUUAUUGUACGAGGGCGCCCUGCGAUUAUAGCGUUCGGUACGAGGGUGAAACUAUUUUACUACAUCUAUCACCGUGAAGAGGCACCUGUUGUCCCACAGAAUGCAAGUCCCACCAGUAUUCAGUUUGCGGCAUCUUGUACCGACCUGGAGCCGAAGCAUCGCCUAGUGCAGCUUAUUCCUGGGAGCGAGCCGAUCGACUUGCAUCACAAAGAUGACCGCGCAAAGCUUGAACAUUGGUUCAAAGUCUUCUGCGACAAAGAGGAUUUAGAAACAGAAUGGGAUCCGAUCACUGUAGAAUACAUCACCAUGGCUCGGGAAGUCGGGAAUACUGAGUAA